AUGAAGAAACAGGUGACUUUUUCAGAGAGUCAGACGGUCCACAGGCUGCACCAAGACGAGGCUUUUCCAAGGUGAGGUAUUAUCAUGAUGAACGCAAAUCUAAAACAAAAACUCCUGAACUCGAUCAUGUAUCUGAGAGGACUCUUUUCUUUCCCUGUUCUGGUGCAGGAGUUUUGAGACGACUGGGCCAAAGACAGGUGAGUUUAAUCACCUCAAAACGUCAAACAUAAAUAUUGUGACAGAUUUAAAGUAUGCAUGUAAAAAAACAAGUCUCCUCUCUGCUUCGAAACUUGAGAGACGGAGAAGUUUGAGGAGAUCAGUGGAAAAAAAAAGAGGGAAAUCUGAACCUGAACCUGACCCGGGUCACACCUGAUAAGUUACAGGAAGAAAGCUCUCUCCUGCGCUGUUCUCUAAUUAGAAGCUCUUUGGUUUGACACUUAAACUAAGACCACAUACAAGGCUUGUUUAUGCUCACAUGUACCGAAUUACAACAACACCCGGACAGCUUCAUCAAUCAAAUUCACCUUCUUAGAUUCAGACUAAAACUUUUACGCUGAACUGCUGUCGUUAUUGUGACUCUAAGUAAAUUUAGCUCUUUUGUCCUGUUCAUUCAGUGAUCGGAUUAAGGUUUUUUUCUUGCUGAUUUCAUCUUUUACAUCAGGUGGCGUGAACUUAAACUGUGAUUUGAAAAUUCAACCACAAGCCAAAAGACAACUCCAAGAGGCACCAGCCAUACAAAUCCCCAAAACCAUGACCGCAGCCCCGUUUCUGAAGGUAAAACUGCACCUCCCUCAAAUACUGUCCAUUACUUUCAGGUAUAAAAUUACUCCACUUCAUUUUUUUCCCCAGAUCAUGACUUGAGUGUCAGUCUGUUACUUAUAAACCCUUUCCCUUUGUCUGUCCUCCAGCAUGCAGCACUAACUCCAGCUCAGAAGAAGUAUCUGUACACGAUCGCAGCUUCCUACAGCACAGCACAUGUGCGAAACGUCAUAAACCAACACUACAUGAACGUGCUGCACAGGUGUAUACAAGCAGGUGAGCAGGGAGAUACGCUGCAGACUUGUUUGCACUUAUUUUUUUACAUUAGAUCUUCAUUGAGCUUUAUUCAAGAGUGCCAAAUUCAGCAGCAAAUGUGACUUCAAGGUCCAAUUUUACCGCAUUAACUACUCUUGUUUGCAUAUUUUGUGGUGAUCGCUCCUUUUUUGCAACUAGAACUCAUAAAAUAAGAAUUUGAUAGGGUAGUAGUUUGAUUUUAACAUCUUUCUUAGUCAAAAAUGUGUACAGAAUUCUGGUUUAUGGUACUUUCAGGCUUUUUACACUUUAAUAAUUCGGAUUAACACACAUUAGGAUGAUCAUAUUUGAGAUUUUAAACAAAACUCUUAUCUUGAAGGUUGUGGUGAAUUUGUUCGCAGGUCAGAGCCCCGGCAGAGGUGUCCUUGUUGAGUCUCCCUCUGUCGACAUAUCAGGGUCUGAUAAACCUCGAUCUGGAGCUCCAUCGCAGUCUAAGCUCAAAGAGAAGAUAGACAGAGGUGCAAAGGCUCUUGGGAAACCAACUCUUCUUAUGAAUCAGAGCAGACACUUGAGGUGGGACAAAAUACCUCCACAAAAACAAGAAAUACUGAGAGACUUGUAUCAUGUAAAUGGAUAAGUUAAUUUAUCCAAGUUGAAAUAUUCAUAAGUCAUUAUUGGUUACAACUUUAUCUCUGUUUUUGUUUACAGGAGGCAGGAUCACUCUGUUGCAGCUCCUGAAGAAAAAGAAUGA